AUGAAGAAAGAUGACACCUUUUCUGGGAGCUAUAGCUAUAGUAGGAAGCAUACAGCUAUAAGUAACAACACUAGAAAUAAUUCACAGGCAACAUCAUACAACUCAACAAUGCAGAAAGGAACAGAUUCACCUCAUUCUGCAGGUGUCGUCCAGUCGCUGCUUACAGCAUUUGUGUCUAUAAACAAAAUAAAGCAUGAGAGCAUCAGCAACAAUACUUUAUCUGAGGUCCCUGUUCUUAGAACUGCAAAAACAGAUAUGGAGGAUUUGAUUUCAAGAUUGAAUCAAGAAAUAGCAGUUAAAGAUUAUCUUACAACAAAGGUGAAGGAUUUGGAGGAGGAGCUUGAAACUACAAAAUUGACAAGUAAAGAAAAUCUUCAUCAAACAAUUUUAAUGGAAAGAGAAAGAAUUACUCAAAUGCAGUGGGAUAUGGAAGAACUUAGAAGGAAAUAA